UAAAACCCAAACCCAAACCCAAAAAACCCUAGUUUUCCUUUCUCUUUAAAAGGGGGGAGCCACUGUGGCUGCAGAUGGCACAAAAGGCUGCAGACGGAAAAAAAAAAAAAAAAAAAAAAAAAGCUGGAUUCUUCUCCCAUCCAGAACCCCUUUCUCAAAAUUUUCCUCCGAAGUUGGUCUCAUUCUCGUUUUGUCAAUUCUCUUCGUUGGUCAUGAGAAAUCAAAAGAAAAGGGCGAGAUUGCGUCUUUGGAAGAGGUCGAAACAUAAAGGUCAAGAAGAAUCCUGAGUAGUUUCCUUAAAUGAACGUAGCAGCGGUAAGGGAAUCUAGCUCCUCACCUCUGACCUCUUAUUUUGAAAAUCAAUAGUUUCCACCUACAUCACCGGUCAUCACCUGAUUCUUCUCCCAUCCAGAAUCCCCUUUCUCCAUUUUCUCCGAUCGUGGGAUCCCUCCUUCAGAUCUGGAUCUGCCUUUCUCCAAAAUUUUCACCUUGGGUGUUUUUGUUUCAUAUUCUGCAAUUUCCUGAUGUUUGAUGCUUAAACUUGUAUGAAUUUGCUAAAAGUGAAUGAUAUUUAGUUGAUUCUUGCUUGUAUGAAUCUGCUCUGCCGCUGGCCUGCUGCCGGACCGGAUCCAUCUGCUUUGUUGCCGCUGGCCUGCUGCAGAAUCAGAUCCAUCUGCUUUGCUGCCGCUAGAGCGAUUUGCUGCUGCUACGAAGCCAUCUGCUACCAUUGUUGUUGCUACCGUUUCCCGUGGGGAAUGGGGAUCCCCGCGGGGAUCGCCAUUCCCCGCGGGGAACGGGGACGGGGGGCAAAAUCUGCCCCCCGUAAAAAAUCCCCGCGGGGAUCCCCGUCCCCGUGACUCACGGGGACGGGGAUGGGGAAGGGGUCCCCGGCCCCGCGGGGCCCCAUUGACAUCC